AAUUAAUAGCACUGUGUUGGUUCCCUACAUUUUCUCAUCAAACUUCACUGUAGCUCUGCACUUGCUGACUGAGGAAGACUCUCAUGUGAGUUUUGUAUAAAUUACAAACUCGAGUAAUUGCUCAUGUGAUGUGCUUGAGUUUGUAAAAAUACCACAAAGUCAAUUUUGAGAUUCGUGUUUCAUUUGGACCAAGAACUGAUGAAUCCGAAUCAGCGACAAAACCUUGUUAGUAUCUUGCGAGUUUGCACAAGGAAGGGGCUUUCUAAUCAAGGGAGUCAAGUUCACUGUUUUCUUCUCAAGUCCGGAUCGGUGUCUAAUUUGAUUACGAGCAACUAUCUUAUCGAUAUGUACUGUAAAUGCAGAGAACCGUCGAUUGCUUAUAAGGUGUUCGACAGUAUGCCUGAGAGAAACGUUGUUUCAUGGACGGCUCUAAUGAGCGGACAUGUACUUAACGGUGACCUUAAGGGAACCUUAUCUCUAUUCACAGAAAUGGGGCGUCAGGGUAUUUACCCAAACGAGUUCACUUUCUCGACGAAUCUAAAAGUCUGUGGUUUGCUUAACGCACUUGACAAGGGUUUGCAGAUCCAUGGGUUUUGCUUGAAGAUUGGUUUUGAAAUGAUGGUUGAGGUGGGGAAUUCUUUACUUGACAUGUAUUCAAAAUGUGGAAGAGUCGAUGAAGCUGAGAAAGUGUUUCGUUUGAUGGUAGAUAGGAGUCUUAUAAGCUGGAACGCGAUGAUAGCUGGAUACGUACAUGCAGGGUAUGGUAGUAAAGCUUUGGCUACGUUUGGGAUGAUGCAAGAGGCAAAGAUAAAGGUAAGUCCAGACGAGUUCACUUUGACUAGCUUGUUAAAGGCUUGCAGUAGCACUGGUAUGAUUCAUGCAGGGAAACAGAUACAUGGUUUUCUAGUUAGGAGUGGGUUCCAUUGUCCGAGUUCUGCAGCCAUCACGGGUUCUCUUGUUGAUUUGUAUGUCAAGUGUGGAAAUGUAUAUAGUGCUCGGAAAGCUUUUGAUCAGAUCAAGGAAAAGACUAUGAUCUCAUGGAGUUCAUUGAUUCUUGGAUAUGCUCAAGAGGGUGACUUUGUGGAGGCGAUGGGUUUGUUUAAGCAACUACAGGAGCUUAACUCUCGGAUCGACAGUUUUGUUCUUUCUAGCAUCGUUGGAGUCUUUGCUGAUUUUGCCCUCUUGCAGCAAGGGAAGCAAAUGCAUGCACUUGUUGUUAAACUGCCAUCUGGGUUAGAGACAUCUGUUUCGAAUUCAGUGGUGGACAUGUAUCUCAAGUGUGGAUUAGUUGAUGAGGCUGAGAAAUGUUUUUCGGAAAUGCAGUUGAGAGAUGUCAUCUCCUGGACUGUAAUGAUCACUGGCUACGGGAAGCACGGGCUUGGCCAUAAAGCUGUUGAUACUUUUAACAAAAUGUUGAGACAUAACAUUGUCCCUGAUGAGGUAUGUUAUUUAGCUGUACUCUCAGCUUGUAGCCAUUCUGGUAUGAUCAGAGAAGGUGAAAAACUUUUUUCUAAGUUACUAGAGACACAGGGACUCAAAUCUAGGGUAGAACACUAUGGGUGUGUAGUUGAUUUGUUAGGACGAGCUGGUCGUUUGAAGGAAGCUAAACAUCUGAUUGACACAAUGCCGAUUAAACCAAAUGUCGGAAUAUGGCAAACACUUCUUAGCCGCUGUCAAUUACAUGGGGACAUCGAAUUAGGGAAAGAAGUGGGAAAGAUUCUUUUGUGGAUGGAUGGAAAGAAUCCUGCAAAUUACGUGAUGAUGUCCAACCUUUAUGGGCAAGCCGGUUACUGGAACGAACAAGGGAACACACGAGAGCUUGGGAGUAUAAAAGGGUUGAAGAAAGAAGCUGGUAUGAGCUGGGUCGAGAUUGAGAGAGAGGUACAUUUCUUCCGUAGUGGAGAGGAUUCACAUCCUCUGACACAUAUGAUCCAAGAAACUUUGAAAGAAGUUGAAAGAAGAUUAAGAGAAGAAUUGGGAUAUGUUUACGGCCUGAAACAUGAGCUGCAUGAUAUAGACGAUGAGUCGAAGGAGGAGAACCUUAGAGCUCACAGCGAAAAGCUAGCGAUCGGUCUGGCAUUGGCAUCAGGCGGGUUAAACCAGAAAGGAAAGACAAUAAGAGUGUUCAAGAACUUGAGGGUAUGCGUAGAUUGUCAUGAGUUCAUCAAGGCAUUGUCUAAAAUCACGAAAAUAGCCUUUGUUGUGAGAGAUGCUGUUCGGUUUCACAAUUUUGAAGAUGGUUGUUGUUCUUGUGGAGAUUACUGGUGACCCUCAAGCUUGAUUACUUCUGCUAAGCAUACGCGCUGAUACUGUAUGUCAUUAAUUUGUUUUCUCCAUCUAUAUUAACAUUUUCACAACAUUUUUCAUAAGAAAGCUUGGAGUUCAGACUUAUUUACAGAUAAUGUCAUUCUAAUUAUAAUUAAUAUAAAAAAAUUAAAAAAUAACACAGCUUCGUUGGCCGAAAAUAUAGAAAGUAUAAGACAUGGUUAACUUCUUCCUUCGACUUCGCAUAAUUUUCU